AUGAAUCCCGAGAAGUUCACGCACAAGACCAAUGAGGCGCUCGUGGCGGCGCAGGAGAUGGCGUCGGAGGCCGGCCACGCGCAGCUCACGCCGCUGCACCUCGUGGCGGCGCUGGCGGCGGACAGGUCCGGCAUCCUCCGGCAGGCCAUCGCCCACGGCUCCGCCGGCAACGACUCCGCGGCCGAAUCGUUCGAGCGCGUGGUUGCCGCUGCUCUCAAGAGGCUUCCAUCCCAGUCCCCGCCGCCGGACACAAUCCCGGCGUCAACGUCGCUGAUCAAGGCCGUCCGCCGCGCGCAGUCGGCGCAGAAGUCGCGCGGCGACUCUCACCUCGCCGUCGACCAGCUCCUCAUCGGCCUCCUCGAGGACUCACAGAUCUCGGACGCGCUGAAGGAGGCCGGCGUGUCCGCGGCGCGGGUGAAGGCCGAGGUCGACAAGCUCCGGGGAGGCGACAACCGGCGCGUCGAGUCCGCGUCGGGGGACACCAACUUCCAGGCCCUCAAGACGUACGGCCGGGACCUCGUCGAGGUGGCGGGCAAGCUCGACCCCGUCAUCGGUCGCGACGAGGAGAUCCGCCGCGUGGUGCGGAUCCUGUCGCGGCGCACCAAGAACAACCCCGUCCUCAUCGGCGAGCCCGGCGUCGGCAAGACAGCCGUCGUGGAGGGGCUCGCGCAGCGCAUCGUGCGCGGCGAUGUGCCGAGCAACCUCCUCGACGUGCGGCUCGUGGCGCUCGACAUGGGCGCGCUUGUCGCCGGCGCCAAGUACCGCGGCGAGUUCGAGGAGCGGCUCAAGGCCGUGCUCAAGGAGGUGGAGGAGGCCGAGGGGAAGGUGAUACUGUUCAUCGACGAGAUCCACCUCGUGCUGGGCGCCGGGAGGACGGAGGGGUCCAUGGACGCCGCCAACCUGUUCAAGCCAAUGCUCGCCAGGGGGCAGCUUAGGUGCAUUGGCGCGACUACUCUGGAGGAGUACAGGAAGUAUGUCGAGAAGGACGCAGCGUUUGAGCGGCGGUUCCAGCAAGUGUUUGUGGCAGAGCCCAGUGUCCCCGACACCGUCAGUAUUCUGAGAGGGCUCAAGGAGAAGUACGAGGGACACCAUGGUGUGAGAAUUCAGGAUCGUGCACUGGUCGUCGCCGCGCAGCUCUCGUCGAGAUACAUCAUGGGUCGUCAUCUGCCUGAUAAAGCAAUCGAUUUAGUUGAUGAGGCCUGCGCGAAUGUGAGGGUGCAGCUUGACAGCCAGCCUGAAGAGAUUGACAACCUCGAGAGGAAGAGGAUCCAGCUGGAAGUCGAGCUUCAUGCCCUCGAGAAGGAGAAGGACAAAGCUAGCAAAGCUCGGCUAGUUGAGGUCAGGAAAGAGCUGGACGAUCUGAGGGACAAGCUGCAGCCCCUGCAGAUGAAGUAUCGCAAGGAGAAAGAGAGAAUAGAUGAGAUCAGAUCCCUGAAGCAACGUCGUGAAGAGCUGCAGUUCACUCUGCAAGAGGCCGAGCGCAGGAUGGAUUUGGCCCGUGUCGCCGACCUCAGAUAUGGUGCUCUGCAAGAGAUUGACACUGCCAUUGCCAAGCUAGAGGGUGAGACCGGCGAGAACUUGAUGUUAACUGAGACGGUCGGCCCGGAGCAGAUUGCUGAGGUCGUGAGCCGCUGGACGGGCAUUCCUGUUACUAGGCUUGGACAAAAUGAGAAGGCGAGGCUGAUUGGGCUGGCUGAUAGACUGCAUCAGAGGGUGGUCGGACAGUAUGAAGCUGUCAAUGCAGUUGGAGAGGCCGUUCUGAGGUCGAGGGCUGGUCUUGGACGGCCACAGCAGCCUACUGGUUCUUUCCUGUUCCUUGGACCAACUGGUGUCGGUAAAACUGAGCUCGCCAAGGCUCUUGCUGAGCAGCUGUUUGAUGAUGAGAACCUGCUUGUCCGCGUUGAUAUGUCUGAAUACAUGGAGCAGCAUUCAGUUGCCCGGCUAAUCGGAGCUCCACCUGGUUAUGUUGGUCAUGAGGAAGGAGGCCAACUGACCGAGCAAGUGCGGAGGAGGCCAUACAGUGUCAUCCUCUUCGAUGAGGUUGAGAAGGCACAUGUGGCAGUGUUCAACACUCUGCUCCAGGUUCUUGAUGAUGGGAGGCUAACUGACGGGCAAGGCAGGACGGUUGACUUCAGGAAUACCGUGAUCAUCAUGACUUCGAACCUCGGCGCUGAGCACCUCCUUGCCGGAAUGGUGGGGAACUCAAUGAAGGUUGCUCGUGAUCUGGUCAUGCAGGAGGUGAGGAGGCAUUUCCGUCCGGAGCUAUUGAAUCGUCUAGAUGAGAUUGUGAUCUUCGACCCUCUGUCGCACGAGCAACUGCGGAAGGUCGCUAGGCUUCAGAUGAAAGAUGUGGCAGUUCGACUUGCAGAAAGGGGCGUUGCUUUGGCCGUGACCGACGCUGCCCUGGAUGUCAUCCUGUCGCUCUCUUACGAUCCGGUCUACGGCGCUAGGCCAAUUAGGAGAUGGAUCGAGAAGAGGAUUGUCACCGAGCUCUCGAAGAUGUUGAUCCGCGAAGAGAUCGAUGAGAACUCCACGGUGUACGUCGAUGCUUCUCUCGGAAAGGAAGAGCUGACAUAUAGGGUCGACAAGAAUGGAGGAGUGGUGAACGCGCAGACGGGCCAGAAAUCUGAUAUCCUCAUCCAAGUGCCCAGUGGAGCUGUCGGGAGCGAUGCGAUGCAAGCCGUGAAAAGGAUGAAGAUUUCUCAGGACGGUGGGGAUGUAGAUGACAUGGAAGAAGAGUAGAAGCUACAAAGAUUGAUCUCGUGUUAUAGUUUAAAGUGGAGUA